CGUUCGCCCGGAUCCAGUUAGUUCCCGUCACAUAAAAUAAACCAAAAAAUCUCUGUAUUUAUCUUAAACAAAAUGUCUGUCCUGCCUGGGUCUAUUAUCGUGUCAGACUGGCAUCGCUUCCCAGACAGCAAAGAGUUUUUCAGCAGAAUACUGCAUAAGAAGAGACGACGGAAGUUUGGUCUCCUGGAGGCUCCAAUGAUGCCUCCUCAUAUGAAUGUGGACACCGUUCGCUACAAGGUGUUCAUCUCCGGUAAAACUGGAGUGGGGAAGAGCGCUCUUGCUGCCCGUCUGGCUGGCCUUGAUAUUCCCAAAAUGCACUAUGAGACCACAGGCAUAGAGACAACAGUGACGUUUUGGCCUGUAAAGCUGAAGGACAGUGACCGUGUUCUGUUUUUCCGCUUCGAGUUUUGGGACUGUGGAGAAAGUGCCAUGCGAAGAUUUGAUCACAUGUUACCGUCCUGUAAGGAACAAGUGGAUGCAAUGAUUUUCCUGUUCUCCUUUACUGACCGUGGCUCCUUUGAAGAUCUUUCCAAUCAGAUAUCACGGAUAACAGAAUCUUCAGACCGAGUGGUUAAAUUGGUGGUUGGCACAAAGUUUGACUUAUUUAUGCACACAGAUGUGACUGAGAGUGAUGUGACACGGUUUAAAGAGGUGUGGGGUCUUCCGGUGUUCCGCGUGGGAGGUGACGUGAGCUCAGGGCUUGGUGAGGUAGCACCCCUCCUAAAUGCCCUUGCAGAAAACCUGUGGUACCAGGACUGUAUAGCUGCUUCAUCUGUGUCUAUCGCCACUGCGGGCCUCACGCAAACAGACACGGAGAUCAUUGUAUAGUAUUGA